CACCGUAAACAAUGUACUAGAAACGUUGUGUGUCUCAUUUCAGACAUCCGCGAGCUAAUAGAAGUGGAUGAUGUUAUGGAAGAUGAUUCCUUAAGGUUUGGUCCCAAUGGCGGCUUGGUGUUCUGUAUGGAAUACUUUGCCAAUAAUUUUAACUGGCUAGAGGAAAGCCUUGGUCAUGUGGAGGAUGACUAUAUAUUGUUUGAUUGCCCAGGUCAGAUCGAACUCUACACGCAUUUACCAGUGAUGAAACAGCUGGUGGAGCAGCUUCAGCAGUGGGAAUUCCGUGUCUGCGGAGUUUUUCUUGUUGAUUCUCAGUUUAUGGUGGAAUCUUUUAAGUUUAUCUCUGGAGUUCUGGCAGCACUCAGUGCAAUGAUAUCCUUAGAGAUUCCACAGAUCAACAUCAUGACCAAAAUGGAUUUGCUGAGCAAGAAAGCUAAGAAGGAAAUUGAGAAGUAA